AUGGACUUUGAGUCUUCGGAAAACUGGUACGCUCAAUUCAGUCUCCCCCUCACCUACUAUGAUGCCGCGCAGGGUUCCAUCAACAUCGAGUCCUCGGAAGACUGGUACCAUCAAUCCAGUCUACCCCUCGCCUACUAUGAUGCCGUACAGAGCUCCAGCGACUUCGAGUCCUCGGAAAACUGGUAUCCUCAAUUCGGCACUUCUCUCGUCGGCUAUGACGCCGCACAGAGCUCCAUAGACGACAUAUCUACCUCCUUCCGAACUCCUACAUCCUAUGAGACCGAGAUGGCAGCGACUCAAGAACACAUGGUGCGUGAGAUAUUCAUGGUAAGCCCUGCUGCAUACAACAAUCAUGGCCGCAGCAAUGACGAACCGGUUCGGUGCGAUGACGAGGAUGAAGCUAGCGAUCACCGUGACACGUCUACCUCCACGCCAUCGCAAGAGACCUAUCCACCCCUCGAAAGGCUACCGCCGUACAACGAAGAUGGCGAGAUAUACUGCGACCACGUCAGCUGCUUGGGAAAAAACCAGACAUUUCCCCACCCCUAUUACUGGAGAAGACAUGUGCUCGGACACGAGCGACCACACGGGCACUGGCUAGGGCACCACAAGAAGAGUCCGAAAACACACUUCUGCCCAUUUCCCGAGUGCAAGGUCACCAACAGAACUGUGACCAAUGUCGACGAAGAAGAAUUCAUUGCGGAGAACAACGACCUGUAUGCGGUGGAUGUCGUAAAAACAACUUGCCGUGUACUUUCGACGCUCCUCUUCUCGUGCAAAAGACAUCAGAAAACCGGGAUAGAAAAUCCUUCCUCCCGGAGCCCAUGUCGCUCCGACGGAGACACCAAUUCAGAGUCCCAGGCAACAAUACAGCGAUUUUCAAACCAGUUGCCAUCUGAAUAUACCGCCGAGGCACAGCUCCAUAGUGACCUCAUCUGUCCGGACGAGAACAGCGCGCCCUGGGAGGCGGCCAGCCACGAAGCGCCAUGGAUGCACGACAUCCUGGGACAAGUGGGAGUCCUGCACGGCGAUUCCACAAGCAACGUGUUCGAGGAAGUGCAACAGUACAACUUCUCCGCCCUUUUCCAACUUGACCAGGAACCUCCGAAGCAAAACCCUCUUCCCCCGUCAAAUUUCAGUGGAAACACCCCACUGGUCUCAGAUGUGUCGCAUCAUCAGAGUCAUCAUUAUUCCUCUUGUGACACAAUACCCCGAUCCUCGACGCAGAAUAUAGGCCCAUCCAUCUGCUUCUCAUUCGACCCCGGUGAUGACUGGAGGAAUAUUUCCCAUUGGCGUGACAGAGCGCUAACUCGGGACCGGGUUUGGAAGCGACGGAAGCGCCUGAGGCUCAAGAGAGAAGCCACCGAGCGCGAACGCCUGAAGCUCAUGGGACAAACCAUCGACCCCGAACGCCGCGUCGAAUCUUCCUCUGAUCCCGAACAGCAACAAAGGGCACUGGCCCCCUUAGAGGCUCCAGAGUCUCCGGAGAAACCACCUCCGAUUACAGCUCCGCAGAACUCGGCAGGGAUCUUGCCAUUCGAUGACUAUUUCUCGCGGUUUGAUACGCCCGAAGCCUACAGCCUCCCCUGGGGAAUCCAUUGCCAGCCAGUGUUCGACUUUUCGACGCACCCUGCCACCGCCGCCAAUCUGGAGUAUGAGCUACUACUACAGAACACGUACGCUGGUAUACCCAGUUACGACUCAAGUAACCUGUAUCAGUGGGAUCAGUUCACCCAGCCUACAUGGCCUCCUGACCAUGUUUAUACGUACGCUGGUAUACCCAGUUACGACUCAAGUAGCCUGUAUCAGUGGGAUCAGCUCGCGCAGCCUACAUGGCCUGCUGACCAUGUUUACGUUUACAAUAUGCAGGAUUAUCCCAUCGCGAAUGGGCCGCGGGAUGGCCUGUGA